AUGACAAUAAUACAUAAUGGAUCAGAACAAAAUAUACAAGCAUCAAAUCCAGUAUCGUUUUUUACGAUUGAAUUCGCAAGCGGUGCCAACGUUGGUUCCUUGAUGGGGACGUAUCGAUCGGUGAAGCACGAAAUUGUUAUUUUGCAAGAACUUACUGUCAGCGACAAUGCCGACACUAACCAAAAG